AUGGGCGAUCAUUCGGAGAAGCAUAUACACUUCCAAGACGGCGAUUAUGGCUCUGAUGGAUAUUCCGACGACGAUGGCAAAGCAGUCGAGGUCGUCUUCGAUCCAGGGAAUCCCUACCGCCGCAAGAGCUCCAUGGUAGCCUCAGAGAUUAAAGCCCCUGUGAUGCGCCACCCUAAUCGUCGCGAUGAGUGCCUUGUCCACCAAUUCCUCGAUAGCCAACGACGCGCAAAAGACGCUGCCUGUUCAGCAAGCGAUCUCGACUCGGAAACGUCAAUGGGAAAUGGCUCCUCGUACAUAAGCAGCCGCCCAGAUCCAAGUCAAGCCAGCCUUCACAAGGCCUUCAAUGGCGAUAGCCUGGAAACCGCGCGCAACGAGGGGCACGACUCGAUCGCCGACCCGAAAGCCAAGAAGUGUCGUGCUGUUGUAGAGCCUGGUAGUAUGGACCAUUCUGGCCAAGCUGACCAGCAGGCUUGGACCCAGCAGAUGACCAAGAGCAUGUCUGAGUUUGACCUGGGAAGUUACCAGGAAGACGUGCGAAGUCGUCUGCUCACAAAGCAGCAGCUCAGCGACAUGGCAUGGGGUGUAAGAGAACUAAGCCGCCGGCUAAGCAGCAUGCGCCUCCGAUUCAAGGUCAAGAGCAUCUUCAUCCUGACAAAGAUUUACGACCAAGACUUGAUUCCCAAAACACGAGAACUGGUAAAAUGGCUAUUAAAUCAUAACCAUGAGGUCGCCUACACUGUUUACGUUCAAGACAAGCUCAAGACCAACAAGAAGUUUGACGUCAGUGGAAUUAUUGACGAGGUUAGUAAGGGGUAUGUCCAGAAGGACGGUGCAAACGAGCAGACAGUAAAAGAAACACUCAGCAAAAGGCUGCGAUACUGGGAUGAGAACAUGUGUCGAACACGACCUCAUACCUUUGACUUUGUGAUCUCACUUGGCGGUGACGGCACAGUACUAUACGCUAGCUGGUUGUUCCAGCGCAUCGUGCCACCUGUGCUCAGCUUUGCACUAGGAAGCCUGGGUUUCCUGACCAAGUUCGAUUUUGAGGAGUACCAAGAAACACUCACAACUGCCUUUACCAAGGGUGUCACCGUGAGUUUGAGGCUACGCUUCGAGGGCACCGUCAUGAGGAGUCAGCCGCGUAAGAAAGCACAGCUCGAAAAGGGUUCCGAUGAGGACGAGGAACAGCCACGAGAUUUAGUAGAGGAGCUGAUAGGCGAGGAGAGAGAGGAUGAGCAUACACAUCGACCGGAUGGGACGUUUGAGAUUUUGAAUGAGGUCGUGGUGGAUCGAGGACCAAAUCCAACUCUAUCAACUACCGAGAUCUUUGGGGACGACGAACACUUUACCUCUGUCUUGGCCGACGGCAUCUGCGUUUCGACACCGACCGGUUCAACGGCUUACAACCUGGCUGCUGGGGGUUCUCUGUGCCACCCAGAGAACCCCGUGAUGCUGGUGACGUCCAUUUGCGCGCACACGCUAUCUUUCCGACCUAUCAUUCUACCUGACACGAUCGUUCUGCGAGUUGGUGUUCCGUAUGGCGCGAGGACAUCUUCAUGGGCGAGCUUCGAUGGCCGAGAGCGUGUGGAGCUCAAGCCAGGAGACUACGUAACCAUCAGUGCGAGUAGAUUCCCGUUUGCUUCAGUACAGGCUGAAGGACGGAGGAGUGAGGAUUGGGUCAAUAGUAUUAGUGGGAAGCUCGGAUGGAAUACGCGACAGAAGCAGAAGAGCUAUAAAGAGUGGGAGAAAUGA